CUUCUUCUUUCUACCUUCCUCAACUCUCCCCUUCUUUUUCUGACGUUGCGUGGCAUUUUAUUAUUUGCUCCGUUCACUUGCAGACCGCAUUCACUCAUCUCUUUACCUUCUCUCUUUCUCUCUCUCAUCCCCUUUCUUUUUCUUUUCUUUUUUCUUUUUUACUGUCGUUAAUAAUAGAAAUAAAACAACGACAAUUCAUUGGAGAAAGACAGUGAAAAGGAAGCUUCAUUUCAUUUACACUCAACUCUUCAUCUUGGAUCAGUAAGCAGUCUAUAAUUUCAACAUGAAUGACGCUUUCACCAGAACGUCAAAGGCGAUUCUGGACCACUUCAAAGUCGAUCCUGACAAGGGUUUGACAUCAACCCAGGCUGAGGCUGCAUUAAAGAAAUAUGGAAAGAACGAACUUCCUGAGGAUGACCCCACACCUCUCUGGGAAAUGAUAUUGGAACAGUUCAAGGAUCAGCUUGUCAUUAUCUUACUUGUCGCCGCUGCUGUCUCUCUCGUCCUCGCCGCCGUGGAGGAGGAUAAUUCUGGAACCGCUUUUGUUGAACCUAUCGUCAUUCUGCUGAUCUUGAUUGCCAACGCCGCUGUCGGUGUCAUCCAGGAAUCAAACGCUGAGAAGGCCAUUGAGGCUUUGAAAGAAUACUCUCCUCAUGAAGCCAAGGUCCUCCGCAACGGCUCCAUUGCCAAAGUUUAUGCUACCGAUGUUGUUCCUGGUGAUAUCAUUGAAGUUGCUGUCGGUGACAAAGUCCCUGCAGAUUGUCGUGUCCUUGAGAUCUACUCUUCCAACUUCCGUAUCGACCAAGCCCUUUUGACUGGAGAAUCCGUGUCGGUCAACAAGAUCACUGAAGUUGUCAGUGAUCCCCGGGCUGUCAAGCAGGAUCAACUCAAUAUGUUGUUUUCGGGUACUACUGUUGUCCUCGGGAAGGCCAAGGCUAUUGUUGUACAAACCGGCUCUGAAACCGCAAUCGGUGACAUCCACAAGUCUAUCACCUCCCAGAUCUCUGAAAAGACUCCAUUGAAGCGCAAGCUCGAUGAGUUUGGUGACGAUCUCGCAAAGGUUAUCUCUGUCAUCUGUAUUCUUGUAUGGUUGGUCAACAUCCGUCAUUUUAACGAUCCUUCGCACCACGGCUGGCUCAAGGGUGCCAUCUAUUACUUCAAGAUCGCUGUCGCUUUGGCUGUUGCCGCCAUUCCCGAGGGCUUGUCUGUCGUCAUCACCACUUGUCUUGCCUUAGGAACCAAAAAGAUGGCCAAGAAGAACGCCAUUGUCCGCUCUCUGCCCUCAGUCGAGACCCUUGGCUGCACUAGUGUCAUUUGCUCUGAUAAGACUGGAACUCUUACUACCAAUCAAAUGAGUGUUGCUCGUGUACUGGUUGUUGACAACAAGGCCGGAAAUGCCACUGAGUAUCAGGUUCAUGGAUCCAGCUUCAGCCCUGUUGGAGAUAUCUUGAACAGCGAUGGCAAAGUCAUCUCAGCUUUGUCUAGUACUUCUCAGGCUCUGAAUGAACUUGCCCAGAUCUGCGCUAUUUGCAACAACUCAACUAUCGCUUACAACCCCGAUAAUGAUACCUACGUUAAUGUUGGAGAGCCCACUGAGGCAGCUUUGAAGGUCUUGGUCGAGAAGAUGGGAACAGAUGAUGUCAAUUUGAACUCGACUCUUGACUCACUUCCUGCUCAUAAACGUGUUGAUGCCUGUAACCAAUAUUAUCUUGGACGUGCCAAAAAGUUGGCCACAUUGGAUUUCUCACGCGAUCGCAAGUCUAUGAGUGUCUUAGUGGCCAGGACAUCAAGUGAACGCCGCUCUACUCGCUCUGGUGCUACUGGUGCUUCAACUGCUACACUUCUUGUCAAGGGUGCCCCCGAGUCUAUCUUGGAGCGCUGCUCUACUGUUCGACUAUCUGCUGCUGGCGAGACUGUUCCUUUGACAGCCGCCAUUCGCGCUACCAUCAUGGAAAAGGUUCUGGAUUAUGGUGAGGGUCAGGCUCUCCGCUGCCUCGGUCUUGCUGUUGUUGACAACCAAUCACCUAGUCUCAAUGAUUGGAAUUUGAAGGACCCUGAGAACUUUUACAAGUAUGAGCAAAACAUGACGUUCAUUGGUUUAGUGGCCAUGUUGGAUCCUCCUCGUCCCGAGGUCGCCGCUGCCAUUGCAAAGUGCAAGACUGCUGGAAUCCGUGUGAUUGUCAUUACUGGAGAUAAUAAGAACACCGCAGAGUCGAUCUGCCGCAAGAUCGGCGUUUUCUCACAGGAUGAAGAUUUAACUGGAAAGAGCUACACUGGACGCGAGUUUGAUGAUUUGAGUGAGAAGGAGCAACUCUUGGCUGUCUCUCGUGCUAGCUUGUUCUCUCGCACUGAGCCAACACAUAAGAGCAAAUUGGUUGAUCUACUUCAAAGCAUGGGAGCGGUAGUUGCUAUGACAGGUGACGGUGUCAACGAUGCCCCUGCAUUGAAGAAGGCUGAUAUUGGUAUAGCUAUGGGAUCAGGAACGGACGUCGCUAAACUUGCUGCCGACAUGGUUCUUGCGGACGACAACUUUGCAAGUAUUGAGGCCGCUGUGGAGGAGGGUCGCUCGAUCUACAAUAACACUAAGCAGUUUAUCCGUUAUUUGAUCAGCUCCAACAUUGGAGAGGUUGUUUCUAUCUUCUUGACAGUCAUUCUUGGUAUGCCUGAGGCUCUGAUCCCUGUUCAACUUCUGUGGGUCAAUUUGGUGACGGAUGGUCUUCCCGCUACUGCCCUUGGAUUCAACCCUCCAGACCACGAGAUUAUGCGCCAGCCCCCUCGUAAUUCGCGUGAGCCUUUGGUGGGUGGUUGGUUAUUCUUCCGUUACAUGGUAGUCGGAGUUUAUGUUGGAGCAGCCACAGUGUUCGGGUAUGCUUGGUGGUUCAUGUUCUACUCUCAGGGUCCUCAGAUCAGCUUUUACCAACUUUCACAUUUCCAUAAGUGCAGCUCACUCUUCCCUGAGAUUGGAUGCCAGAUGUUUACGGAUUUCAUGUCAAAGAAGGCAACAACAAUGUCGCUUUCGAUUCUGGUGACUAUCGAGAUGUUCAACGCUAUGAAUUCAUUAUCUGAGAACGAAUCGCUGUUGACUCUUCCAUUGUGGAGCAACAUGUAUCUGGUUUUUAGCAUCGUUCUCAGUAUGGCCCUUCACUUCAUGAUUCUCUAUGUGCCCUUCUUUUCGAACUUGUUCAUGAUCCUUCCAUUGAACUUGGAGGAGUGGAAGGCAGUUGUUUACAUUUCGGCCCCUGUUAUUGUGAUUGACGAGGCUCUGAAGUACAUCAGCAGGACCUUUAUCGCACCUCCUGCCAAGAAAUUGAAGCAGGACUAAUGAAGAGGACAAUUGACUUUAAGCAGGACACGACGUUAUAUUAUUUUCUUGUCACUUUUUAAUAGACUGAUGCUAAUUUCCUAAAAAAAGAAAAAGCGCGUGUCCAUUAGUCAUUGUUGAGAGAAAGCGACCUUAUUACAUACAUACAUAUAAAAAUAUUUGAUUUGCAACUCUAUUACAU